AUGCAAAUAUUCACCGAGACUGUUGCCGAUCACCAUUUGGAAACCUUUGCUCAGUUGGCUGAUGGUAUCAUUCAUGAGGUAGACCCCGAGAAAAUCAGAGAUCUAGUAACAGGAUCAGUUGAUGAGUCCAGAAUCGACGAGUAUGUACUGAAAGUAACUAGACCUUCUCAGCUCUCGGGCUUCAAGGAGGCCAUUCGGGACUGUAUCAAUAGCAACUCUACGACAUCUGUUCGGAUGUUCUGCUUGGUCAUGGACGUGUUGAGUCUGCGCAUUGCUUCGCCAGCAUUGACAGGCACCACUAAAUUGGUCACAGAAAUGACAGUGAAGGAGAAGGAGAACUUGGUCAGAUCUUGGAGAGACUCGCCGAUCGGCCAGAAGAAUAGACUCUUCCAGCUCAUGGAAAUGCUCACAGUCACUACAUUUCUCAAAGUUGCCCCUGAUGCCCAUUUUGAAGCCAUCGAAUACACCAGAAAGGAUACUCGAGAGCUGAUCCAUACAGAUUACGAGGCAAACUUGUUUGAGUACAAAAUGCUCGACCCUCCCGCCACAGACAACGUGGAGUUGUACUUGCCCAAUAUUGACGUCGUGAUAAUUGGUUCUGGUGCUGGCGCUGGCGUUGUGGCACAUACAUUAGCCAGAGAUGGCGUAAAGUGCUUGGUUCUCGAGAAGGGCAAGUACUACAAGCCCGACGAAUUGGAUUUUGACGAUAUGGAAGGCUACAAGGCGUUGUAUGAAGGUGGAGGUGUUGUGUCGACCGAAAACUCCCAGUGUGUCAUUCUUGCGGGAUCCACCUUCGGAGGAGGAACCACGGUGAACUGGUCUGCAUGUCUCAAGACACCAUUCAAGGUCCGCAAAGAGUGGUUAGAUGACUACAAUUUGGACUGGGUUGCAACAGAGACGUACGACAACCAUAUGGACUAUGUUCUCAAACAGAUGGGUGCCCUGGCUGAUAACUUGGUUCAUUCUCAUUCCAACAAAUCAGUGUUGGAGGGAAGCGAGAAACUCGGCUACAAGCAUCGACCAAUCGCUCAGAACAAUGGUGGCCAUGCCAAUCACUCAUGUGGAUAUUGUCAUCUCGGAUGCAAAUGGGGCAUCAAACAAGGUUCAAUGGCCAACUGGCUCAGAGAUGCCGCUGAGCAUGGAACUCAAUUCAUGGAUCAAGUCGAGAUUGAAUCGAUUUUGCGCAACAAGAAAAACAUUGCUAUUGGGCUUCUGUGCAUCAACAAACGCAACGGAAGUCGUUUCGUGAUUCGUGGUCCUAAGAAGUUUGUUCUCUCCGGUGGCUCUUUGAACACUCCUGUUGUCCUUCAGAAGUCUGGCUUCAACAACAAGCAUAUCGGCCAGAAUCUCAAAUUGCACCCCAUUUCGGCCUUAGUUGCCGUAUGGGAUAAGCAAAAGACAGAUCCUCAGCUUAACUCCAUCAUGACGUCUUUGUGCCUGGAGGUUGAAGAUCUUGACGGUAAAUAUCACGGCGCAAAGAUAGAAACGCUCGUGCAUACCCCAAGUCUUGAAGCAGCAUUCAUUCCAUGGAGCUCAUCUGAUCAAAUCAGAGAGGAUAUUCUCAAAUAUCAAUAUUCUUCGGCUUACAUUCUCUUGUCAAGAGAUACACUGUCAGGACUGGUAACUUACGACCCGAAGAAGCCAAGCACUUUAGUUGUCAACUACGAAAUCAACGACUUUGACCGGCACUCCAUUGCGACUGGUAUUGUUUACGCUAUGGACAUUGCAUACAUCGAGGGUGCUCGCGAGAUCAUUCAUCCUUACUACCUACUUGGCAAAUUUAAGAGCGACAAGCCAAAGUCCGAACGCAAGAUCACCGAUUCGGACUAUCAAACGUACAGAAAAAAGUGCAAGGAUACCAAGCUUCCCAAAUAUGGCUUGGGCUAUGGGUCCGCUCAUCAAAUGAGUACCUGUAGAAUGUCCGGAAAAGGACCCAAGUUCGGGGCAUGUGAUACCUCUGGUCGUCUCUACGAGUGCGACAACUUGUAUGUCGCUGAUGCCAGUGUCAUGCCAACAGCAUCUGGCGCCAAUCCGAUGGUGACAACCAUGACAAUGGCUCGUCAUGUUGGCCUUGAAAUAGCCAAGCAUUUGAAGCCUAAUGCUAGACUCUAA